AGUUCCCUAUUUGUACCAGGCUGAAGGAAACACUUUUCUCUGCUGCACUAAAAGCUCCACUGAAGGAGUUGGCUCGACAAAUAUCUGUAGAUGUUUUUUGGACAUGCGCAGAAGCGAGAUGCCAUAUUGGAACGGGGGCAGCAGCAGCAGCUGAAAGACGUCGCUCGGGCUCACGCGAACGAGGAGAAGAGAGAGAGAGGGAGAGAGAGCGCGAGGGAGAGAGAGAAAAACAGAGGGGGUCUCGUGAAGGAGAGGAGACCGAAAACUUGGACAGGGCUGUGGAGGAAAGUGAAAGAUGCAGUGAAGGAGAGCUGACUCACCUGAGGUCAAAGGUUAACGCUGAGCUGGACGUGGAGGCGCAGGAUGCAGACUCAGAGUCAGGAUCAGCCGCUGGCCUUCACCGCCAUGAAGCCUCACUACUCGACCAACGGGAAGGAAGAGGAGGUGAACACAGACGCAGGUUCAAUGGAAGAGGAGGCGGAGUUUAACUGGGAGGAGUACAUGGAGGAGACGGGGGCCGCCGCCGCCCCUCACACCACCUUCAAACACGUGGAGAUCAGUCUUCAGAGCAGCUUCCAGCCCGGUAUGAAGCUGGAGGUGGCCAAUAAAAACAGCCCGGACACGUACUGGGUGGCGACCAUCAUCACCACGUGCGGGCAGCUGCUGCUGCUGCGCUUCAGUGGAUACGGGGACGACCGCAAGGCCGACUUCUGGUGUGAUGUCAUGACCGCCGAGCUGCACCCGGUGGGCUGGUGCACGCAGAAUAACAAGACCCUCAUGCCCCCUGAAGAUAACAUUUACCUAAGAAAAGCCAUCAAAGAGAAAUACAACGACUGGACGGAGUUCCUGGUUCAGGAUCUGACCGGCUCCAGGACAGCGCCUGCUAACCUGCUGGAGGGGCCUCUGCGGGGUAAAAACACAGUGGAUCUGAUCCUGGAGGGCUCGGUCUUGGAGCUCCAGGACCUCUCAGACCCGUUCCUCUACUGGCCCGUCAGAGUCCUUCAGAACGUCGGAGGGAGGCUCCGCGUUCGCUACGCUGGCCUCUCUGAGGAGAACCAGUCACAGGACGCCUGGCUGUUCUACCUGGACGUGAGGCUCCGCCCCCUAGGCUGGGCUGAGGAGAACCGUCUGAAACUAGACCCGCCCACAGGCCUCCGCCCUCUGAAGAGCGCCCCCGACUGGCAGCGAGCUCUGGAGGACGCUCAACUGGACGGACAGAAAAACCCGCUGCCACUGGAGGUGUUCAAGGACCACGAAGACCUGCCCAAACACUCCUUCAAGGCGGGGAUGAAGCUGGAGAUGGUUUCUCCGUGGGAGCAGCUCCAGAUCUGCCCCGUUUCUGUCACCAAGGUGUACGAUGAGAUCUACUUCCAGGUGUCUCUGGAUGAUCUCUCUGAGGACGUGAAGCCUCGCUCUGUGGUGUGUCACUCGGACUCACCUAGCAUCCUGCCGGUCCAGUGGUGUCUGAAGAACGGCGUGAGUCUGGAGCGGCCCCGCGGCUUCGAUGGCCAGGACUUCGACUGGGCAGACUACCUGAAGCAGGGCGGGACCGAAGCGGCUCCUGACGCCUGCUUCCCUGAGACAUGGCAGAACAGAGACUUUGCCAAGGACAUGUGGCUUGAGGCGGUGAACCCUCACAGGCCAGCGGAGGUGUGUGUGGCUCAGAUCACACAGGUCAGAGGACGCCUGCUGUGGCUCCGACUGGAAGGUGUGGCCAAGCCGCUGUCAGAGUGCAUCGUAGACGUCGAGUCCAUGGACAUCUUCCCUGUCGGCUGGUGCGAGGCAAACGCUUACCCUCUGACCCCUCCACUCAAACCUGUCUGCCAGAAGCAGAAGAAGAUAGCGGUGGUGCAGCCAGAGAAACAGUUGGCUCCGACCCAGCCGGUGGAGACGGCUCCUGUCAGCCUCUGCCAGCCUGUCACCGUGGAUCCAGGCUCAGCGAACGGCAGAUACUGCUGCUCCAAGAUCUUUGUGAACCACCGCUGUUUCUCAGGACCCUACCUCAACAAAGGACGCAUCGCUGAGCUGCCGCAGGCCGUCGGCCCCGGAAAAUGCACGCUGGUCCUCAAAGAGCUGCUGAGCAUGCUGAUCAACGCCGCCUACAAGCCCGGACGAGUCCUGAAGGAGCUGCAGGAGCUGGAGGAUCAGAGCUGGGACUGCCAGGAGGAGACCCUGAAAGCCAAAUACAAAGGGAAAACUUAUCGCUCCACCAUCCGGAUCGUCCGCCUCGCAGACCAGAUCCCAGACUUCUGCCGUAAGGUGUGUCUGAAGCUGCAGUGCUGCUCGAACCUCUUCAGCCCCGUCCUCGUCACCGACAAGUGCCCGGAGAACUGCUCCAUCCAGACCAAAACCAAAUACACUUAUUACUACGGGAAGAAGAGGAAGCUGUCCAAGCCGGCGGGAGGGGAGGAGGUGACGGAGGGGGAGCUGGCCAAGCCGACGCGCCGCAGGAAGAAGAGGAAAGCCAUCUUUGUGCAGAAGAAGAGACGAUCGUCCGCUGUGGACUACACUCCUGCUGGCUCACCACAGGACAGCGAUGAAGGAGAGGAGGACGAAGAGAUGGCGAUGCAGUCGGGUAGUGAAGGUACCAGUUCGGAGCCUCGUGAGGACCAUACGGACGCCUCCUCCGUGGAGGUGACCAGCAGCCGUCCUCGCCGAGCCGCCACACUCCGCAGGGCGUUCAGCGCCGGGAACACGAGCAGCCAGGAAGCUCCCGAGAUCCGCAGGAGGUCGACUCGCUCGCUGUCCACCUACAACCAGAACAGCAAAUAUCAGCCGGCUAAAGGACAAGACAUGCAGGUGGAGGAGGAGGAGGGUCAGCUGGUUUUAGACAGAAACCCUUUGGAGUGGAGCGUAGACGAAGUCGUUCAAUUCAUCAACUCUACUGACUGUGCGUCACUGGCCAACAUCUUCCAGGAACAGGAUAUUGACGGUCAGGCUCUCCUGCUCCUGACUCUGCCCACAGUCCAGGAGUGUAUGGACCUGAAGCUCGGCCCCGCCAUCAAGCUGUGUCACCAGAUAGAGCGAGUGAAGGUGGCCUUUUACAAACAGUACGCCAACUGAUGAAGAGGCGGCACUAAAAACAAAACACCUGCUGAAAAAUGAAAUGUGGACGACCGGGAGCGUCUGGAUGAUGAGGAGGAACAUUUUGGAAGUUUCAUCAAUGUUGAGUUUUUGUAAGAAGACGAUUAUUUUCGGAGCGGUCGCUUUGGAAAGACACAAACUGAGUUUGAAGAGAAGCUGAAGGAUUAAUUUCUGGAUUAUCGUUGGAGUAAAAAAUGUGAUGCAGUAUCCAUUCAAACAGAUCCAGACUGAACAAAACACAUGGGAGUGGAUCUGUGUGCUGAAUAUCUGUGAAGAAGUUAUUUUGAGAAGCUGUGGACUCGUUCUGAAGACUUUGUGUUCAUUUCUUGCUUUUAUUUACAUUUCGUUUGUGAUAGAGGAGAUUAUAGCAUUUAAGUUUAAAUAAUUAGCGAUAUGAAGAGUUUCCCUUUUUGUGUGUGAUAUAUAAUUGGUCCCAAAAAAAGUAUAUUCAAGAAUUAUUUAACAAACCAAGAAUUAAUAUAUUUGGAGUAUUUAUUGUUAUCCUAAUUUAUGAGGAGGAUUUAUUUGGAUGGAGAGGAAAGAAUUGAAGAAACAAACUCCUUUAAGAAAGUUUUUCUCAAACAGAAUCCAGGAUAUGAAUUUAUUAAGAUUUACAUUUCAGUUAGUCUUUGCAGAGGAAUAAAACCUGUCCCCCUUUGUUAAAUAACCCUGAUAGAAGUUCUUUAAACCUGAUGAUGCUCACUCCUCAAUGUUACAAUGUCAUGGAACAAUCAUGUAAGCUUUUUCGUCAAUCUAUGCAAAUGUGUGGCAGAUAUUUUUAUAAGUAAGAAAAUAAAUUUCUAUUGAUUUGUA